AUGCUUUACUUGCUUCACAUUGCCCUCUUGGCCACCGUGCCUGUGGUGUUCGCUGCUCCAGCCAACUUGAAGCGAGCUGGCGCACCAACAGUGACCAUCUCACAGCCUCAAGCCACAGUUAUUGGCUCAUCCGGAUCGAACAGCAUUGAUAGUUUCAAUGGAAUUCCAUUUGCACAGGCACCGACGGCUUCACUUCGUCUGAAACCUCCCCAAGCAAUCCAGACGUCACUAGGGACAGUCCAAGCUACCGGGUCCGCCAAAUCAUGCCCCCAGUUUUAUUUCACGACCGACACUAGCGAUUUUCCGAUCUCUGUGAUUGGGGAGCUGGCCAAUAUCCCACUGUUUCAAACCGCCACCGAUGCUGGCGAAGACUGCUUGACUGUCAGUAUCCGGCGUCCAACUGGAACCGAAGCUGGUGCAAACCUACCUGUCUUGGUUUGGAUCUUCGGUGGUGGCUUUGAACUUGGAUCAACAAGCAUGUAUGAUGGGACUGGCUUAGUUUCUGCAUCUAUGAACUUGGGUAUGCCAAUUGUAUUCGUUGCUAUCAACUAUCGUGUGGGUGGCUUUGGCUUUAUGCCAGGCUCGGAGAUCCUCAAAGACGGUUCCGCGAACCUGGGUCUCCUAGACCAACGCCUCGCCUUGGAAUGGAUCGCAGAUAACAUCAAAGCAUUUGGCGGUGAUCCGACUAAAGUGACUAUCUGGGGCGAAUCCGCUGGAUCGAUAUCCGUCUUUGAUCAGAUGGCUCUUUAUGACGGUGACAACACUUACAACGGCGCACCGCUCUUCCGAGCUGGAAUAAUGAACUCGGGAAGCAUUGUACCUGCCGAUCCCGUAGAUGGAGUCAAAGGUCAAGCUGUCUAUGACAAGGUCGUGGAGUCUGCUGGCUGUUCCAGUGCAUCGGAUACUUUGGAGUGCUUGCGUGGACUGGACUAUACGACAUUCCUGGAUGCGGCUAACUCUGUGCCUGGGAUUCUGUCUUAUAAUUCCGUUGCGCUCUCCUAUCUACCUCGUCCGGAUGGCACAGUGCUCACAGACUCACCUGAGGUUCUGGUUACUAACGGCAAGUACGCCUCGGUCCCUUUCAUCAUUGGUGACCAGGAAGACGAAGGGACGAUCUUUGCAUUGUUCCAGGCAAACAUCAGCACGACAAACCAAAUUGUUGACUAUCUACAGAAUCUCUUCUUCUUUGAUGCUUCACGCGAGCAGCUGGAAGAAUUGGUCGCAACUUACCCUGAUACCACAACCGAUGGCUCCCCCUUCCGGACUAGUGUUUUUAAUAACUGGUAUCCCCAGUACAAACGCAUUGCUGCGAUACUGGGCGAUCUCACUUUUACCAUUACCCGGCGAGCUUUCUUGACGCUCGCCGCCAAGGUGAAGCCUGAUGUCCCUUUCUGGUCAUAUCUCUCAUCGUACGACUACGGAACGCCCAUCCUAGGCACCUUCCACGGGUCGGAUAUUCUGCAAGUGUUCUAUGGAAUUUUGCCCAACUAUGCCUCCCAAUCAAUCCAUUCAUACUACCUGUCCUUUGUCUAUGACCUGGAUCCCAACUCCAAGGCAUCAAGCUACAUGGACUGGCCCCAGUGGAGCGCCAAUCAAACCCUGAUGAAUUUCUUCAAUGACCAUGGAGCUUUGCUAGAAGAUAACUUCCGUCAAGACACCUUUGAUUUUAUCUCGGAAAACGUCGGUUCGUUCCACAUCUAA